UAGUACACAAUGGCCGUUGCAAACAGCAUGUAGCAGAAGUCAUCCACAGCAAGUCUCGUGUUUUAAUUCAGCUAUUUUAUCAGUUUCGUACGAGUUCACAUUUUAUAUAAGCUAAAAGAGAAAUAACUAUUCACCGGAGAUGGGAGUUCCGGCGUUUUUCCGUUGGCUUAGCCGAAAAUAUCCGUCAAUUAUUGUGCAUUGUGUUGAGGAGAAGGGCAAAGAGUGUAAUGGAGUACGUAUUCCUGUUGACACAACCAAACCAAACCCCAACGAGGUGGAAUUUGACAAUUUGUACUUGGACAUGAAUGGGAUCAUUCACCCUUGUACACAUCCAGAAGACAAACCUGCUCCCAAAAAUGAAGAUGAGAUGAUGGUCGCCAUUUUUGAGUACAUCGACCGCCUGUACAACAUUGUGCGCCCCAGAAAAGUUCUCUACAUGGCUAUCGAUGGUGUGGCUCCUCGUGCCAAAAUGAACCAACAGCGCUCUCGGCGGUUUCGCGCCUCCAAAGAAGGAGUAGAGCUGACUGAAGAGAAGCAGCGCAUAAGGGAGGAGAUCAUCCAGAGAGGAGGUUAUCUUCCACCUGAGGAGAUUAAAGAGAGGUUCGACAGCAACUGUAUCACUCCGGGAACAGAGUUCAUGGACAACCUGGCACAGUGUCUUCGAUACUACGUGGCAGACAGACUGAGCAACGAUCCAGGAUGGAAGAAUGUUGUUGUCUUUCUGUCUGAUGCCAGUGUUCCAGGUGAAGGUGAACACAAGAUUAUGGACUUCAUCAGGAGACAGAGAGCUCAACCCAACCAUGACCCCAACACACAUCACUGUCUGUGCGGAGCCGACGCUGACCUGAUCAUGCUGGGCCUGGCGACACACGAGCCAAACUUCACCAUCAUCAGAGAAGAGUUUAAGCCCAACAAGCCCCGACCCUGCGCUCUCUGUGGACAGAUGGGUCAUGAAAUCAAAGACUGUCAGGGAGUGGCCAGAGAGAAGAAGGGCCAGCAUGACGAGUUUGCGGACACGGUUCCCGUAUCUGAGCAGGAGUUCAUAUUCAUCAGACUCUGUGUCCUGCGGGAGUACCUUGCACGGGAGCUGACUAUGGCCAGCCUGCCAUUUCCCUUCGACUUUGAAAGGAGCGUCGACGACUGGGUCUUCAUGUGCUUCUUUGUUGGGAAUGACUUCCUUCCACAUCUUCCGUCCUUAGAAAUCAGAGAGGGAGCGAUAGAUCGACUGGUCAACAUCUACAAAGACGUUGUGCACAAAACUGGAGGCUACCUGACGCAGAACGGCUUCGUCAACCUGGAGAGAGUUGAGAUGAUCAUGCAAGCUGUGGGCGUGGCUGAGGACAACAUCUUCAAGAAACGAAAAGAGGAUGAUGAAAACUUCAAGAGGAGAAAUAAAGAGAAAAGAAGAAGGUUGAAAGCGGAGCAGCAGGGUCCAGCCUACCUGACCACGGGCCAGUUCGCCCCUCAUGCCCUGGGUAGAAGAGACCGACCUGACGUCGUCCACAAUGCUCGCCACCAGGCCUACGACAUGAGGAUGCAGCACAAUAAGGAUGCUGCUCAGUCCCUGAAAGCCAUGAUGAAGAAUGGUGGCAAUUCAUCAGCAGGCCCCAGUGACAGCACAGAAAGCCGGGGAGUGAAGAGGAAAGCCGAGGACAGUGACAGCGAGCCGGAGCCUGAAGACAACGUGAGGUUGUGGGAGGAGGGCUGGAAACAGAGAUACUACAAGACCAAGUUUGACGUGGACGCGAUGGAUGACGUUUUCAGACGGAAGGUAGUUCAGUCGUAUGUGGAGGGUCUCUGCUGGGUGCUGCGCUACUAUUACCAGGGCUGUGCCUCCUGGAAGUGGUACUUCCCGUUCCACUAUGCCCCGUUCGCCUCAGACUUCAAAGACAUCAAAGGGAUGUUCACCGAGUUUGAGAAGGAAACCAAACCAUUUAAACCACUGGAGCAGCUGAUGGGAGUAUUUCCUGCUGCCAGCGGCAACUUCCUGCCAACAACAUGGAGGAACCUCAUGAGCAAUCCGGACUCUUCCAUCAUUGAUUUUUAUCCCGAUGACUUCGCCAUCGAUCUCAACGGCAAGAAGUAUGCCUGGCAGGGUGUUGCCUUGCUGCCUUUUGUGGAUGAACGUCGGCUGAGAGCAGCUCUGGCUGACGUUUACCCAGACCUCACGCCCGAGGAAGUGAAAAGAAACAGCCUGGGGAGCGACUUGUUGUUUCUCUCGAGAUCUCACCCGCUCUUUGACUUCAUCCAUGAACUCUACCGUACUGAAUCUCACGAGAGCACUGAGAUCCCUGCAGAGCUAUGCCAUGGAAUCCAAGGUGCAAUAAAUCUCGAUGACGACCCUAUUCUACCAGAUAAGACAGUGAAGUCGCCUAUUCCAAUGCUGCGUGACAUUUCACAGAACAUCUCCAUCGGAGUGAAGUUCAAGGAUCCUCAGUAUGCAGAUGGAUUUGUGUUCAAGGCGGUCCUCCUGCCUGAUGCAAAGAUUCCCAGUAAGGUCUUAAAACCAGGGGACUGGGAGAAAGGGAACAGGGAACCAUGGAGACCCCAGCUGGGCUUCAACCCAAACAGGCAGCAGGCUCACCUGGACCAGUCUGGCUUCAGGGCCCUGGGUCACAGUAUGAACAGAAACCGUGGCGGGGGACAGUACAGCAGCGCCCCACCGCCAAGCAACUACCACCAAGGAAGCUACCGUCCUCCACAUGCUGGCAGCCACCAACCUUUCCAACAUUCCAGGCAGAACAGUUUGCUGGGAGCGCCUCCCUCCUUCCACCAGCCACAGUUUCCAAGGCAGCAGCAGCAGCAGCAGUACAGAGGCGGAGGUCACGGCUGGGAUCGGGCCAUGCAGUCGCAGCAGUCGGCGUACCAGCAGAACAUGAACCGUGACCGAGGAGGGGCGGGACCAGGAGGCUACCAGCAGCGCUACGAUCAGCGCAGAGACGACUGGCACGACCGCCGGGACGACCGCCGGGACAACCGGGGGCCGCAGCACCAGGGCUACAGCUCUGGCAGAGGCUACCCUCCUCCUCCUCCAUCCAGAAGAUAUAACUGGAAUUAAACUCAAAGUAAUGUUGGACUUUGGGAUUUUAUUGGACGGGCAACUAUUUUUAGGGGAACCAUGUCAUCAGCUGACAUCUUUUUCAUUUUAUUGUCUUCUUGUAUAAUGAUUUAUUUUUUCCCUUUUGUCCUACUUCAACAAAAUAUGUAAUCUGUGAUUUUUAUGAUGAAGCGCCUGUUAAACUUGUCAAAUACAAGUGAGUCAAGGACAAA